ACAACAAUUCAGUGGGCGUACUGGGGUCUUGUGGAAGAAAAUAUCGUUCUGUAUAUGUCGCCUCUGCCAUGUUAUUUCUAACUUAAUUGGAUAAUUAUUUUCAUAACGUCGUUAACUAAAGUUCAUUUCUGGUCAUUCAGGAUAUUAAAAAACUGAAACAGCAGGUAGUGGACUAUAUUGUUUUAGACAUCCGAACAAGCAUGUCGACUGUUUCUUCCAUUCAUACGCAGCUAGCCUCGAUUGUGGAUGUUUUAGCGAAGGCGGCCGUGGCAGAAAUUUGCGAACUUGUAGACAAUGGCUAUGCUAUUUUGCACUUGGAAAUUUCUCGGAGUCAUAAAGAGAACAAAGCACUGAAAAAGAAAUUACAAAUGAUGGAAUUGAGGAUUGCUCGAAGAUCUGAUGACAGGAUAGCCAGAGCAAACUCUGCAAAUAGUUGUUCAGAUAGAGUUCAGAUUUGCAACGAAUUAAGACAAAACAAGCCAAGAAAGGAUGAAUAUUACCCAAGCAAUGUGUGGGGAAAUAGAGAGUGUAGGGCUCCAGAUGAAGACGGUACUACUUUGUCAUCUACCAGGGACCAGUCUGCAGACAAAAAGAGGGUAAGGCCAGAAUCACGACUUGUUAAAAUGGAACAGCUUGAAGUGGACUUUGAGACCAGUGAACAACGUGGAGGAGUGAAUAUCAAUGAGCAGAAAAUUGUGGAGUCAGAUGGUGGUGAAAAAGCUCCUAUUGCAGACGCACAGACUGAACCUGCAAUAGGCACAGAGGAGCUCACUGAGCAGCACAGCACCAGAAAAACUGUUUGGGAAGACAGUACACUGGGUACUGUUCUCAAGGCAGAGCCAGAUAAUGAGAAUGCCAGCCUCCAGGAUGCUGAAGGAAGACUGAGCAAUCUGGGAAAUAAAUAUGCUUUGUAUGAGAGACCUGGUCAUUUGGAGACUUUCUUUACACAAAGCACCAUUCAAACUGAGACUGAGGGUCCUACCUGUUCUUAUACUGUGGAAACUAAUUUGGAGAGCAUGUCUGUUCAUUCAGAGCUACAAUUUGCUUGUACUGCAGAAAAAGGGUUAGAGAGAGGUCUGUCCACUUCAGACUCUCUUGACAUGAAACCAGAGGUUGAAACGAUAGAUAUAUUAGACCCUGUAUCCAAUAAAUUGGAUGUUGACAUGAGCUCCUCAUGGACCAAAGAAGCAGCAUCAGGAGUAGUUCUCAAGCAACACAGAUAUUACAAAGAAAAUGGCAAAAGAGGAGCUUUGCAGCAUGAAGAUGUUCUGAAUGUGUGUCCAUCUGAAUCCCAUUUGUUGAUAAGAGAGAAUACAGUGAACACUGAAGUCCCAAAUAUGAUUGGAUAUGCCCCUGGGAAAGAGGGUCUCACCACAUCAAGAAGCGUUACAGCCAGCCACAGACCUGGAGCAAGGGAGAAACGGUUCCUGUGUUCGCAUUGUUGGAAGAGUUUCACUUGUCUAAGGAAUCUUGAAACGCACCAGAGAGUUCACACAGGAGAGAAACCGUUUGGCUGCGCGCAGUGUGGAAAGAGGUUCUCCCAGUCAGCUUAUCUCAGAAAACAUUGCAGCGUUCACACAGGCAAGAAACCUUUCAGAUGCACAAAAUGUGGAAAGUGCUUCUCUGAUUCAAGUAAUUUUAAAAGACAUCAGUAUGUUCACACAGGCGAGAGGCCAUUUCGGUGUAUGCAGUGUGGGAAGAGGUUCUCGUUUUUAGGCAAUCUUAAAAGGCACCAGAGCAUUCACCUUGGAAAGAAAGCGUCGGGUCACACACCCUGGGACGAGUUCACUCACUUCAAGUCACAUUAAAAAAAACUACAUAUCGGCAAGAUAUUGUUCACCUGCGCAUUAUAAGUUUAAAUAUUUUGAGUGUUAUGUAUCAAAAUUGCUGAAGGAGGUUAUUUAGCUGUACAGUGUUUUAGAAAAGUGAUGUAUAAGUAGUUGUAUCACACACCAAUUUUUUUUCGCCCUGAGAAUGAGAAAUGCCUUGGACCAAGUUUGAGACACAGAUUCUUUGAUUCAUUUGUAUUCUCUGCAACAUUAUCUCUGAAGACCAGAAUAUUCACUGUGUACUCUGAUGAGAGAACUGAACGAACACUGUAAGAUGCAUACGGUGUGAGAAGCCUGUGAGGGAAGCUAUUUCAUGAAUAUUUACAAAUACACAGGAAAUAAAUUCAUAAACAUG